AUGGCCCAACCAACCCGCGCGCUUCGCGCUUGCGAGAAGAUCGAGAAUGGACAAAAUGCAUUUUGUUGGUCUAAUGCUUUAGCAGUCUUGGAGAUUUCGAGGAACGUCGCUGAUCAACGCGCUGCGCUGAGCACCUCGGUCAUCAAUGCCUGCAGCAAGGCUGCAGAAUGGUGCAGAGGAGUUCAACUGCUACACCAGGCAGAUGGCAGCAGAGUGGAGCUGAACUUGGUGAAGUUCAAUGCACUUUUGAAUGUGAAGGGGAGAGAGUGGCAACAGGUUGUCAGCUGGUUGAGAUUAGCCGAAUCUUUCUCAGUUGAGGGAGAUCGUAUUACAUUUGGGUCCGAGAUCAGUGCAGUGGGUUCCAACUCGCAGUGGCUGCAUGCAAUAUUUUUCGUCCAUGAAUCACAGAGCAGGAGCAUUUCUGUUGAUAUAAUUUCUUUGAAUUCGGCCAUGUCUGCUUGCAAUUCUGCCUUUCAGUGGGCCGCAUCUCUUGCAGUUUUGGCAGACUUGACACUCAACAGAGUGUGCAGCGUACAAGGGAUCAACACAUUUGUAAUGAACAGCGCUCUCAGUGCAUUUGGACAGGUCGAUAUGUGGCAAGAGACCAUGCUCAUGCUCCAAGAGAUGGAAAGAGGAAUGGGCUUGCGGCCGAGCUUGGUCACCCGGAGUGUUGCGAUGUCUGCCUGCACCUUCGUCGGGCCGUGGGAUAUUUCCCUCUACCAGAUGUCGCUUGUUGUUGGUGGCAACGAAGUCACUUGCAGCACAGCAAUUAGCGCAUGUGCAUUGGGUAGUCUUUGGGCCAAUGCGCUGUCAUUGCUGGGAGUCGCCAUCACCAAUUCUUGGCCGAUUCGUUUGCGCAGUGUCAAUGAUGCCAUUGCUUACUGUGGAAGGCAGAAACAGUGGCAGUGGGUCUUAUAUGUUCUAGGUCAACUGGAGCGCCUCCGGGUGCAGGGCGAUGUGAUCACUUACACAUCUGCCAUCAGCGCUUGUGAAAGGAGUCAGCUGUGGAAGGAAGCUUUCCUUCUCUUCAGCUUGACAUCUCGAACUGUUCAGGCCAACAUUGUGACCUACAAUGCUGGCAUCACCGCCUUAAGUGCGAAAGGGAAGUGGCAGAAGACUUGCCUCCUUCUCCGAGAGCUCCACAUGCAGCGGCUGGCUUUUGACGCAGUCACCUGUGGAGCCAGCGUCGGUGUAUGCAGAGAAGGCGGGAACUGGGAAGCAGCUUUCAGCCUCCUCGCAUGCCUCGACGAGGUGCACCUUCAGUCAGAGGCCAUUGGUUUCAGCACGGGAAUUGAUGCUUGUGGGGCAGCAUCAGAGUGGCGAAAAAGCCUGGUUCUCUUACAGGAACUACCUUGGAAGGACGCGAUUGCCCACAACUCUGCAAUCACUGCAUGUGGGGAUGUUGCACAAUGGCAACUGGCGCUUCAACUGCUGAAGGAGGUGGACAGCAUAGGCAUUUCAGGUGCGUAUGGUGCUUCUCUUCUUUUCACAUCUGCAAUCGCAGCUUGCAAAACUUGUUGGCAACAUGCUUGUUAUUUGCUUGCAAGAAUGCAGGAUAUUCAAUUGCAAGCAAACUUGUUUGCUUACAAUGCUGCUUUGGGUGCCUGCGAGCAAUCUGGUCGGUGGCAGGAGGCAGUUUUAUUGCUCAAGGAACUGAGUGAAGAACACCUUCAGGGUGACAUGAUCAGCUUUUGUGCUGGUUUUGGUGCAUGCCGCAAGACGGAGCGGUGGGAGUUUGCCUUGACUUUGCUCGCGCUUUCCAGAUACAGCUUGAAGAGCUUGGUCCAGGCUUUGCCCGAAGAGGAGACGGGAGACUAUCAAGAUUCAGUCACAGGCGCUCAGUUGCAGAAUGGUUUGAUUUUGGCAAUCACGCCACCAAGCGUUAUUACCUACAGUGCUGUUGCGAGCAAGUGCUCCACAAAUCGCUGGCUCGCAUGCUUUGCUUUAACCCAAAAAUUCUCAGAUCUAGUGGCGUGUAACUCAGCCAUUACUAUUGGUGGCUUGGAAUCCUGGCUGCGUGCACUGGACAGGUUUGACGCAGUAAGCUGCAUGUCACUGCGUCCAGAUGUGGUGACCUACGGCGCGGCAGUUGCAUGCGGGUCGUGGCAGGUGGCCUCAUUGUUGCUGGAGAAGAGUUGCAAAUGCCACUUGGGAAGCAGUAUCGGAUGCGGUGCCGCGAUUAGUGCUUGUGAGGAGAACGCCGCCUGCUGGCGCACAGCUCUUGGACUGUUGGAGUUUGGAAAUGUCAGACGUCUCCAGUCCAGCAUUGUUUUGUGCAAUGCUGCUUCCAGUGCCUGCGAGAAGGGGAUGAGGUGGCAAGCAGCCAUAGAUUUUCUCAAUGCCUGUCAGAGGUUUGUGAAACCAAAUAUCAUCAGCUACAAUGCGGCAAUCUCUGGAUGCAAGCAAGCAGCUCAGUGGCUCUCGGCGCUGGACUUGUUUUCGGAGCUUCGGCAUGAGACAUAUCUGGAUGUGAUCACUUGCAAUGCACUCAUUGCUUCAUUUGAUCAAAUGGCCGGGUGGAAGCAGUCAUUGCAAAUGGUGCAGUUUCUUUCACAGCAGAGGCUCGAAGCAAAUGCUGUGACCUAUGGUUCUUUGAUUUCAGCAUGCUCCAAGGCCAAAGAAUGGCAGCGCGCUGUUUGUUUGUUGGCGAAAGCUCAACAGCUAACAGUUGGCGAGGCUGCUGUCUAUAAUGUGGUGCUCCGAGGAUGUCCAUGGCGAGCAGCUGCCACACUCCUAACAUCCAUGAGAGAAGCAGCUUUGCUGCCCAGUAUUCUAGCGAAUGAUGUAGUUAUGCAGGCCUACAGUGAUCAGGGGCAACAAGAGCAUGUUUGGGAAUUGUUGGUGAACACUGCGGAGAAACGGUCAGCACUAGAAUAUUUGUGGGGAUUAGCAUUGCUAAGCUGCAAAGAGCCUGACGUGAUCCACUCUGCUUGCGUCGAAGCAUUUCAGGAUUUCAGGGAAUCUAUUGGCAACCAGUCUCCAAAUGAGCAUGCUUGCCUGUGGUGGUCUACUGCCAUGCUGGGUGCAAGGAACAAGCGGUUGGACAUGCUGAGGGCGAAUCAGACCAUGUUUCAGAUUGCAGAGUUUCAACUUGACGAGCUUGUUACUGUUGCAUCAGGCUCCGUCGAUUGUGAAUCAAGCCUCUUUGCCCAAAGUCUAUUGUUGGCAGCGCAGCGGCGUACAGAAGCAGUUUUCGCUCAACUUCCCACUGAGAGCUUUUCGCUGGUCAAUUCGGGAAUGCAUGUGCUCGGUGACUUGGCGCUUCAUGAGACUUUCGGCAUUGAAACCACAAAAGCUAGCGAAGCCUGCGAAGCUAGCUGGCAUAACUCUUCCUUUGGCGAGGUUUGGGAUUGGGUUCAUUUGAGAUGA